CUUGGUGCUUCUACUUAUGUAACCGACUUCGCGUUACACACAAUCAGUUUGUAGGUUAAUUUUAAAGUUUCAGUCGAACAGAAUAUUGGAAAUAUGAAUUUCUUAACGAAAUCUCGAAAACUUUUCAGCGUUAGUAAUCAGUUGCAUAGAUUUCUAGCAACGAAGCCUGAAGAUUUAAAGAAGCUAGUCGAUAACAAUAAAGUGGUCGUCUUCAUGAAAGGUAACCCAGAGCAACCUAGAUGCGGUUUCAGCAAUGCCGUUGUGCAAAUCAUGCGAAUGCACGGAGUAAAAUACGAUGCACACGAUGUCCUUUCCGACGAGGAAAUGAGGCAAGGUAUCAAGGAGUUCUCAAGUUGGCCAACAAUUCCCCAAGUGUUCAUCAAUGGAGAGUUUGUUGGUGGCUGUGAUAUCCUUCUUCAAAUGCACCAAUCAGGGGAUUUGAUUGAAGAACUGGAAAAGGUUGGGAUCAAAAGCGCGCUGCUUGAUGAUAGUAAGCCCAAAGAUGAUAAGAAGUAAUUUAUUUAUCUUUUCUGUGUUGUCAAAUAUUUUGUAAAUAAUAAAUGUAGCUAGCUCUUAACCAGGAAUCUCAAUCAAUAUCCCACAUCCCUGAAAUCAAAAGAAAUAUCCAAUGAGGAAAUGUUUUUAAUUUUAUUUCAAAUAAAUAUGAUAAGGAAUAAAUGUUUCGUAAUGGUUGCAAGUUAAAGAUAUCCACAUGUACACAGUACAGUUUAUUGUUGUUGUUUUUUUUUGUUCAAUUGUGAGGAUGACCUAAGCCAAGUGUUUACAGCAAUGAUUAUUAAAAUACUUAGAAAAUAAAGAGGGGUAGUAUUUGUAUCCUGACUGUUAUUAUCAGAGAACACAAUAUAAAAUUGUUAUAAUAAAAAUUGAAUGUUUCACCAUUUA